AUGGCAGCUACUGGAGUCAAAACCCAUCGUGAAAGCGAGUUGACCAAGUAUCAACAAGAUGCUUUGGCGACUGACAAGCAAAGAGAGAUUCUGAGAACCAGCUGUGGACGUGACCAUGUCCUGGUCACGUGGUGCUCGGAAGCACAUCAUGUCAUGCGAGAUAAAAUGAGCCAAGGACGAAUCCUCAAGGGAGUUGACUUCAAAUAUGACAACGUGCCAAAGAGUUUGAAGCAUUAA